AUAUAGUAUAAAAUAUAUAUUACAGUUUCAUGUCUAUCAAUAAUCAACACUGUUAUAACUCAAAUGAGUACUUGCAUCUCAACGGGAGCGUUACAUCUGCCAUUAUCUCCCCCAUACUUAAACGGCCUAUAUCAACCUAAAUAACAAUACACAUACGUCACUAUGCACUAAGGGGAUUACAAAAUACACAAUAAAUCGAAAAAUGACCUAACUCAAAACAUCAAGAAACAUACUUACGCUGUUUUAGCGCUGUGCCGUUCUGAGCGCGCAUCGCUCCCCUGAACAUUUCACGCAAGCGAGCGUCACUCCGCCAGUAGGGCCCGUGCUGAGCGGACGUCGACGCGUUAUAGGUUCGCCGCGUUCGUCGUUCGUCAUUCGAAUUUUGAAUUUAGAACUUUCAUUAAAUUUAAAUAAGUGUUUUAAUUUUUUUUAUACCAAGUGCGUUAGUGCCGUUUGGAUUGGGAAUUUCUCGGACGUUAUAGUGUAUGGACCUAUGUUUUGAUCUAUAACAAUGAUGGGUGUCAGUUGUAUGAGCGUGCGGCAGGCUAGGGGCGCUUGCCACUGCCCCGCGUGCCCUAGGGCUUCGCAUUUGCCCCCGCAGACGUUGGUGCUGCCCCCGAUGGCUUUGGAGCCCGAAACCACCCCCGUUAAGGACAAAAAGGGGGGCAAGAUGAAGGUGCUUAAGAAAAUUAAGAAGAAGAUUGGAUUAGCGCCCCGCACCUCCUGCACCGGCGGCGCCCCCAACAAUCUGCCCCCGCUGGGCUUCCACAGCGUCCACGGGGAGAAUAUCAGGAUAUCCAGGGACGGUUCCGUGGCAAGAAGAGUCGAGAGCUUCUGCAAGGGCGUCGCGUUCAGCGCGAGACCGGUCAGGGUUAAUGAGAAGGUCUGCCUUCGCUUCGUCGAGAUCUCCAACAGCUGGAGUGGCGUCAUCCGCUUCGGCUUCACCACCCACGACCCCACGACCCUGUCCCACUCGCUCCCCAAAUACGCCUGCCCCGAUCUCACCAACAAACCCGGUAACUGGGCCAAAGCUUUAGGCGAGAGGUUCUGCGAAAAGGACAACAUCUUAUACUACUACGUGAACUCCGCCGGAGAUGUCCACUUCGGCGUCAACGGAGAGGAUAAAGGACUCUUUUUCACAGGAGUAGAUACUCGCUCGCCGCUCUGGGCGCUUGUAGAUGUAUACGGGAACUGUACAGCAGUUCAAUUCGCCGAUCCGAGAGUCCCGAAUCAAGUUAGAAGACCGAAUCAAAGUCCUGUAGAAGAAGACAGGCUUAUAUCUGGAAUGCGAUCGCUGUCUGUCGAAGAGCCACUCCCGCAGCCUAGAUACCAGAAUCCAUUAGUGCCUCUAAGCCUACACAGGACUAAAGGGAGGAACGUGCAGUUUAUUAACGAUAGAGGAGUCGCAGCCAGGAUUGAGGCUGAGUUCUGCCAAGGAUACGUGUUCACUGCGCGUCCUAUGCGUCCAGGGCAAACGAUCGUAGUCCAAAUCCUCUCUACUGAAACUGCCUACGCCGGCAGCUUGGCUAUCGGUCUGACCUCCUGCGACCCAGCGACGUUAAGACCUUGCGACCUGCCUGAUGAUGCUGAACAGCUCCUAGACCGACCAGAGUAUUGGGUCGUGCGUAGAGACGCCGCCAACGGUUUACGCAGAGGCGAUGAGCUGGCUGUGACUUUAACUUUAGACGGUGAAGUCCGUGUUAGCAGGAAUGGAUCUAAUCCUAUCACAGUCAUGCACGUAGACCACACCUUAAGGUUAUGGGCGUUUGUGGAUAUCUACGGGGCUACGCAGAAAGUUAGGAUGUUGAGUUCGCAGACGGCUCAAACGCCGCCGCAGCAGCUGAGGGUGCUGGCGGGCUCAGCGCAGCCGAUACAGACUGGUGCUGGGGGGACUGUGUUGGUCGUGAGCCUGCCGCCGCAGAAUGGUGCUCAGAAUGCGGCCAAUCAGCAGAUGACAUUGGCCAGCGCGCAUUAUAUCGAGCCAAUCCAGACAUCCCAGCUGUGCCUGAGCAGCCUCCCCCCCAUGUCGCCGCCGGCCUGCUCCCCCGCGCCCCCCUACCCGCGCCGCGCGCCCGACACGUGCUCGGCGACGCAGAACAGCUGCAACGAGCUCGUCAACGUGCAGCCCGAGCGGGUCGAACGACCCUCCACCUCCCGCCAGCCCGCCCACCAUCAACCCAUCUACUCCGUCAUCGGCGAGGGUCAGACCCUCACCGGCACCGAGUGCACGAUAUGCUACGAGAACCCUAUAGACUCUGUCCUGUACAUGUGCGGACAUAUGUGCAUGUGCUAUAGGUGCGCGGUUCAACAGUGGAGGGGCAAAGGCGGCGGUCAGUGUCCGCUCUGUAGAGCACAGAUCAAAGAUGUAAUUCGUACGUAUAAGUCUUGAUUUAAUUCUAUUUUUAGGGCGUACGGUGUUGCCAGAUGAAAUUUAAAAAAUGUUAUUGUUGAUUUGAACUGGCGAUACUGAUUAGUUAUUGUAUUUAUUAAGCCUGGUCACAGUCGUUCGGAAUUUUCCGUACGGAAUGACAUAUGCAAGCGAGACAGCGCUAUGCAUUUCAUUCAUUCCGUACGGAAACAGAAUGAAAAUUCCGAACGUCUGCGGCCAGGGUUCGGUUUAGAGAUUGCCAAAUAUCACUUGACGUUAUUUAUUUUGACAUUUGCACUUGGCUGCUCGAACUUAUCUUUUAUCUUUCGUGAAAGGUUGCCUUUUCAAAUGUCAAAAGAAACAAAAAUUAAAUGUCAAGGAUAAGUUCGAGCUGUCAAAUUAAGUUAAGGCACUGACACUUAGUUUAGUAUAUGACGUGACAUUGAUAUGAGCACCUUAUUUCGUCCACUUAAAGAAAUUUUACAUUUCUCCAAAACAUUGAAAGUUUUCGAAAUUUUGGAGUUUUGUUGUACACUAUUUGGACAUAUGAUAUAUGACAAAAACUAUUUAUAAUAAUGGAAAACCUAAUAUAUAACCUAAAAUAUGUAACUAUUGGUAUAUUAGUUGCUUUAAGGUCAAAAUUAUUAUUUCGAAUUGAUGGUAACUGUUUUAUGACUAUGGAAAAAUGGAUACUGGCAGUUUAGAAAAAUAUUCUGUCAGUAUUUUUUUACUACCAACAGUCUUUUUUCAAUGCUGGCAACUUAAAAACCCAACUGUCAGGUUGAAGGAAUUAGAUGCAGUGUUCCAAUAUGAACUUGCUUGUAUUUAAAAAAGUUUCAGUUGUCGAUUUGUAAAAAUAUUUGUUUACUGACUGUCAAAGGUAGACUUUUACAAAAGGAACUUGGAUGUAGCUAAUUUAAUUGAAAUGAAUUUUUGGUAGUGUAAUGUAUGGAAUUCACAUGUAAUACUAUAUGAAAUCAAUAUAACAAGGUAUAAAAUAAAUAGAACAGUAAUUUCAACAUGAUAAUCAAGUUUUGAAAAUAAAAUAGAAAAUUAUUAUAAAUGCACAAAUUGUUAUAUUAGACUAGUUAUACAACUACAUACAAAAUUGAUUUAUAUGCAAUUUGUAUAUAGUAUUAUAUGUGAAUGAUAUAAAUAUGUAUAUGAAAGCGGUAGUAACGGCUAGGUAUUAAAAUAAGCAGAUAGGGUUCCUAGCUUACUUUAUUCACCGUCUAUGCGUAUACCGGAACGUACCAUAAACAUUGAAAAAAAAGCUACAAAAUAUGUGGCAACACUUUUGGUAAAAAAUAUUGUAUACUAUAUAAUGUUGCCACGUCAAAAAAAAAUUAAUCAAAUCUGUUAAGUAACGCAAUAGAAUUUUGAAUUGAAUAAUUAGUUGAUUUGAUGAAUAAGAUGUCAAUUCGCGAUCUUCCAUAGACUAUACCUUCUACAAUUUUUUUUUGUUUAUGGUCCGUUUCGAUGCACGCACAGAAAUCAUGGCUACGAAAAUACGUACGUCCAUAUUGAUUAUAAUUAUAAAUUGAUGAUAGAUGAUAAUCGCAUUUAAUGAUUUUAUGAUCAUAUCAUUGUUUCUACGUGUUACCGAGGUCGUUCUCCUACAUUUACUACAGUACAAUAUUUUCAGUAUCCAGACGGGAUGAUCAAAUCGACCGAUUUGAUCAGAAAUGAAAUUGGCGUCAAUCUCCAAUUUAAUCACCAAUUUAAGAUUUAUGGUGAUAUUAGAGCCCUCCAAAUUAAAAAAAUGCCCCAGAACGAAAAUACUGGUGUCACAAAUUGGUAUUCUUGCGUCCGCACGUCCUGAUUCGAUCGGGCAAUUUAAUCAGAUUGGCGACAAAUGGACUAGUCUGGAUACGCCUUUACAUUAGUGAAUGUUGGGCUAUGGCCUAUGGGUAGGGAGUUCCUAUUUACGGUUUUUUGGUAAAUUUUCUCUCUGGUCGCUCGAUUAAUGCUUCAAAAUGACAUUUCUAAAGUAAAGACGAAGACUAACUUUGUUAGUAAAGGCUGCAAAUUUUACUGAUCGUGAUGUUAGUUUACGUCAAAAUGACAUUUGAAGUGACCAAGCGCCAUGACAGAAAAGCGGAGUUGCCAGUAGAUAAAAAGCUACCGAGCAUUAUUGCCAGUGCUAAACUGCCCGGGAAAAUUUACCCAAAAACCGUUUUCUUCGAGACAAUAGUUAACCAGUAAGCUUUAAAAAAUCUCUAUUGGUACCAUUCCUUUCUUGCUCAAAUAAUUUUCUUCAUGGCAAUACUGAGUUGACAUAUCUAGACUUUGACAUAUCUAUCCUUUUGAAUUUGUACAUAUAAUUAAUAAUCAUUCCUUAGUGUGAUUGUAUUCAGAGGUACAUUGGACUGGAAUCUUAAAAAAAUGCAAUCUUUGAGUAGAAUUACACUUAAUUUUUAGAUUACCAUUAAUUUUGUGUAGACCAAACUUUGCAGCCAGUUUUAUAUUUGUUUUAAUUUGUAUGCUUAAUUUAUUUAAUUAAUGUUUUAAUAAUAAUAAUCAGUGGAUUUCUUAGUUUACGGAGACUGAAUAUGAUAGUUUCUCAAUACAAAUCUCUUUGAGUUGGCGGCAGUUUACUGUAAAAAAAACAACAGGUUGCACUCCGAGAGUGCCGGCAGAAGUGAAAUCUCAAUGACAUUGUAACAGUUUUUCGAUCAGGUCACGCGUCCGUCUUACGUCUUACGAAUCUUACGGUCACGUGACCUGUCGCGAGUUUAACAUUUUUUCCCCAUCACAAAAAGUGCACAGCGCCGCUAAAGAAGUUUUCGCUUCAAUAAGUAAACACAAAACACUUGUAAUACCUAUGAAGCUAGCGUCCAUAAGCUUCGACGAUCCCUUAACUGCUAGGAAGACAGUGAUAAAAAGUAAGUAUUUAGCACAAAAAGUACUGCCGCCGCCUCAGAUAUUUUUGUAUGGCAAUACUAUAUUAAGACUACUGAUUCUACAUACCAAAACAGUGUGACCAGUUUUCGACUACAAUAUCACAGUUUCAAGCCAAAUCUUUGUAUAAGUUAG